AUGUCCGAUCAAAGCAAUUACCCCUCCGAGUCCAUGCCCGGCCAAGAUAACGGGUUUCGUCCGCUCUCCAAUGCGGACGAAAACAGCGAUUUGUCCCGUAUCAUGAGCCGUGCUGGCAUUGCCCUGGCCAAUGGCUUCCCUUUGGAUGAUGAUGAUGAUGAUGAGGAAGAGGUGGAUGAGGAUUAUGUAUCAGUUGAUCAGGACAAUGGUCAAGAUUACCCAUACUGGUACCGCCGCCCCCACACCCACAACCGCACAAAGCUGGAUGAGAUGCAUCCAUUCGUCCAAUUGCUCUCUGUAUCAAACGUCGAUGAUUGUGUGAAGGUGGAGGAAGCUUUCCCUGAGCAGGAGCGUUGCUCUCAUGAUAAGUUCAUUUACCGUCUCACCAGAUGCCCGGAGCUGAGUCUGGGCCUCUUCACCCUUCCUCUUCUCGCAGAAGGAGAGACCAAGCCUCGUCCAAUUCUUGUUGGGCACAUCAUUGCCACUCGCACCUCAGAGCCUUCUGUGACAGACCGGUCGAUGCGACUUCCGGUCAACUGGCAGAAUGAGCGCUGGUCAUUCGAGGACGGUCAGGCUGUUGGUCAUGAAGAAGGAGGCAGCACAAUUGCCAUUCAUUCCCUCGCAGUGGACCCAGAGCACCAGGGCAAGCAGGUCGGAAGCACGCUCAUGAAGUCAUACAUUCAACGCAUCCAAGAGGCCCAGAUUGCCGACCGCAUCGCUAUUAUUGCACAUGAGCACUUGGUUCCUUUCUACCAGUCUUUUGGCUUCGAAUCCCGUGGCCCUAGCAAAUGUCAAUUCGGUGGUGGCGGCUGGGUUGAUCUGAUCCUCGAGUUUGGCCCCGAGCCUUUGGAGGAUUGA